AUGGCUAAUAACGAUCGUGUUAGUGACAUUGUUUAUAUUAAUUCAAAUGAAAAUGCUGAUAUUGAUCCAAAUGAAAAUAAAGAUAUUAAAUCUCUUAGUAAGGAAGAAAUUGAAGACGAGAUUCAUGCACUAAAAAAGCAAACGAUGGAUAUAAAAAGUGAAAUCAAAAAGUACGAAGAUGAGUUGAAAGAACGCCGUGACAAUGAAAGACAAGUCAAAAGAGAGAGGCUUAUUGCCCAAUAUACCGCAAAAUUGAGAUAUUUGGAUUCAUACUUGGAUUCUUAG